UAUGACAACUAAAAAUAAACAAACAUAAAUAACACAGUGAAUAAAUUGUUUAUUCAUUCAAUAAUAUAACAAAAUUUAUUUAUAUAUUUAAUUAAUGUUAUUUGGGUACAAUAAUAAUAAAUAAACACAGUAUAAUUGGGUUACGUCACACUGUGUUGUAUAGACACAUUACUUUUUUUAUCACAGCUAUAGUAGUAUAACUGGGGCCAGUGUGUUGGAAUUUGAUCCUAAUUAACUUCGAAAAAUUAAGCUUUUAAUGUAAUAAAGAGUGUUUAUAAGUAUAGUAAUUCAUGGUGACAAGUAGUCGCUAUCAAAAUGAGCCUUGUGAAUGGAAAAACUAAGUUCUCUGCCGAGACCCAAUUGCAAGUAUCGAUCAGUGUCCUCUUGGACUCCGUAGGUGACCCAAAUGAAGCUGUAUCAAGGGCAACCAUGACCUCCCUUUUAAAAUUAGCCGAAAAAUACCCUAAUCAGCUUUUAGUGUCUUGCUCGAUAUCUUGCUGGAAAGUACCUAAUCCUGCAGUGGAACAUAAUAGAAAAAUAUUGAUUUUAAUGAGUAAAAUAUGCCUGGAACAUAUUGCGAACAUUGACGGAGAUACUGUACUAAAACUAAUCGAGUUUUGCUUAAAAACCAUGACAGAGAAAGCGGGUUAUGAGCCUGUUUUACAACUUCCCGCUGCAGAUGUCUUGGUUGCUUUAGGGAGACUGCAUUAUAUCCAGGUUGCAGAUGCUCUUUUGGAACAUUUGCAAGCGGGGGUGGUACCCCACUACACUAUACUUCAUACAUUAGGGUCCUUAGCAAGCACUAAUGCUUAUGGCAUCAUUCCAUACUUAGGGAAUAUUUGGAAUAUGAUCGUGCCCUUACUUGGAGGCUUUAGGACUAAUUAUUUAAAGGAGUCUUUUGCCUUUGCGACGCAACAUUUUUGCGAGGGCCUAAUGGAAUAUCAAACGAACUUAGAUCAGGUGCCCGACCCGUCCAUUACUUCAGACACGUUCACCACCGAACUCUCGAUGAUCUACGACGUCCUGAUCUCCUCUUGGGUGUACUCUCGUGAGCAAAAAACGGUAGAGUCUGUUCUGGACGCUCUGACCGCCAUGUUUCCCGUUCUACCGUUAGAAAGGGUCUUACAACAGAUCCCUAAAGUUAUACCGGUCCUAUUGGGGUUGUAUAAGAAGCAUAUCGAUGCUUGCACAGUCACGAAAUGCUUGCACGCUGUUUUAACUAAGGGUACUGCCGUAAAUGGCAUGUUACUAGAACCGGUACUGCCUAUGAUAUUAAAUCAGUUGGGUGAACUGUUAAGUUUGCACCCUGAUUAUGCUCAACCGGAUUCAGCUCGGGGCCACUCGGAGGUCCUAAGGUGUUACGAGUGUAUCGCGGUACAUUUUACUGAUAUAACCAUCGAUCGCUUAUUGGUGCAUUUAAGGAACAAUAAUGACCGCGAUAAGUUGAAGGGGUUGAUAGUGAUCACGCAUCUUAUAGCUUAUAGUAGUGAGGAAACUAUUUAUAGGAGAAUAAGGGACAUUUUGAAGCAGGUUAAUGAGUUGUUGCUGACCUCUUCUAUGAACGUUAAGCAGGUGUUGCUGAAGAUUAUUACUGCUUUGGCUUACAAGAAGGUGCUUACCAAUAAAGAACUAAACCCGGACGGACCGGAACUCUACUUGGAAUUCAUCCUAAAAAUGUGCUGCAAACAGAAACUCAACCCCAAAAACGCCCCGUACAGCCCACAGGAGCUGCAGGACACUCAACAGUCCGCAGAUAACGCCCUGUACGUCCUAACCACCUCCUCAGAAACCGAUUUAGAAGACGUCCUGUAUCAAUUACUAUUGAAAAGUUUCUUGAACACCCUAUACGACGAUGCCAUAGUGAUCAUACUGCGCUGUCUGACUUAUUUAGCCUCAAAACGUGAACGUACCGAGAGAUUCGAGGAGCGUUUCGUCCGUUGCAUGGUACUGCUAUCCAGUCCGAUACCACAAUGUCGCGGUACUUUUAUAUUGAAGUACCUAAAGCAUCUCGCACCUGGGGAUUUACCUUUGUAUAAGCAGGUGUGGGAUUCGAAACUUCCACACUUACAGAAAUAUCUGGAUCAGAACUUUGACGGUUUUAACGUGCUGGAGUGGCACGAGUUGCUGUUCGACUUCGUUAAUUUGCUGCAGCAGAGUAACGGGGGGAACGAGUCGAGGGGCGAGUUGGUGCUCACCAAGGCGCAGGAGCAGUUGGAGUUUUAUGCUGUGAGGAACAUGCAUCUCGACAAGGAAGAACUCAAAAUAAAAGAAGAAGAAAAGAGAUUUCUAUUAAAAUUCAUCGCACUCGUACUCUGCUAUAUAAAAUCAAAAGAAACAGUGCUGCAAGUACUAGACUCCUUGAUAUCCAACACCCGAUUAACAGAUUACUCAGAACUAAACGCUUGUGCUGAGUCAAUAGGUAUGGCGUCAAGGGUCCACUUACCCCUGGUCCUGGAAAAGGUGCAUCAGAUCAGAAAAGACGCUUUACACAAAAAACCGACGAAACUCUUCUCGUUCAUGAAAAACCACUCGCACGAGUUGACUCUCGAACGAUUACGUUACGUGAUCAUCAACAGCUACGCGGAGAUCUGCACCAAAGCGCCUAGCGAUCAACUGUUAAGGGUCAUAGAGAACGAAAUCCUGGACUUUUUACUCAAUGAACUGUCGUUGGCCAAAGACUUUUCUAUCAGGAAAAUCACCCUUAAGGGCAUAAACAGGGUCGCCGAGGCCAUGCACCCCGACCGCAACAACUUACACAUCCGAAUGACCAAUAGGGACAAAGUGAUGUCCGAGAUACUCAAUCAGAUGCAUCUACAUAACGGUCCGGACUAUAUCGAGCUGUUCCCUUUGAUCAUUGCCGCCGUGACCUCAUUGGUCAGACUGCCCGUGCCAAUAGAAUCGGAGGAUCGCAUCAGGGUGUUAACGUUAUUCUUUGACAAUGUGUACAACGCCUCGGCUAUAUAUUGCAAAAUAAACGCCCAGGUUCCGGAACAUUAUUAUGGUGACUUAAAGUUGGUUCCUUCGGUACUAAAGAGUUUUAGUGAGUUAAAUCAGUUUGUCCAGGAGGUUCUAUUGCAAAAUCCUUCUCCUGUUUCUCUAUAUGAAGUCACCUCACUCUUGGAACCCUGGAUUGGGAAGAAGAAACAGGAGCAACGACUUCCUGCUAUUGAGACAUUGAGGACGGUGCUGCAAGCGUACUUGGACAAUGUCCAGUUUGCUUAUGACCUUCCCAGUACUUUUAGGCAAACGGGGGUUUUGUUGGCCAGGGUUGUGCCUAGGUGCACUGAUCCUAAUAGUGUCAUUAGGAAGGUAGCAGUCGACUGCAUCUGUCUCAUUCUCUCCAUAGCGGCUCGCUACGAAGGUCACAUGCGUGAUCACGACAAAACAUUGAGCAACAGCCUGCAGCUGGUGCAGCAAAGCAUCGAACUGGAAGACCCCAAGCUCCUGUUCCAGCUCACCUCCGAUCUGGCGUCGGUAAUUUGCUCCAACUUACCCCAGUUCCAACUGGUCCAUUUGACCGACGGCCUGAUCGACGCUCUGGUCGAUUGCGAGUCGUCAAGUUCGAAUGGCGCGUGCGUCGUCUUGAAUAUCGUGCUCAAACAGAAGGGGGGGGAGCUGCAGAAACAUGCCACGCCCGUCGCCGAGAGGUUGCUCAGUCAGCUCAGUUGUAUCGUUUGUGCGAAAACGAGAGGGACUGCUUUGAGGGCGUUACUGACUUUGGCCGGACACAGUCCGAGGGUGGUGGGGGGGAUCUUGCUGACUCAGCCCUUGCCCUAUGACAGUUGCAUAUGCGACUGUUGGUCGAUCCUCUCCACCGACCCGAGCUUAGUCCGGGACCUAAUUGAUCAAAUAAAGAAACACAUCAAAUCGAUGCCGCUCUACGAACUACACAGCACCAGUGCCGACAUUAAAGUGGCCAAUUUGUUGCCCCUUCAGGCGGUCAGCGCUUUACACGAACUAUUGAAGAACUCGCAACUGAAGGAUGUUUGUCUCGAACAGUUUGCCGAACUGUUUGCUCUGUUGCUCGUCUGUAUUGGGUCGUAUAUGGGCUGUAGCGCGCCUGUAGCGGGAACUCAUACAGUUGCCAAACCGAAAUACGGGAUCGUCCUAAAUCGGGAGGCCUACAAGUUGAAUCCCGCCAAGUUGGCAUUCGAUACUUUUAGGUCGUUUCUGAUCUGUUGCGACCUGACCACGAUGGCCUCGAACCUUUUAUCCUUCAGCUCUCUCUGCACCGACCAGGACCAACUUCUCUUUCUAAAAAUGACCGAAACAGUGGUGGGGGACGUAUGUCGGGACAUGCAGCACACUUUGUCAUGGAUCGUCUCCUUUAUGGGUCCAUUUAUUCGGUCGGAUUUAAUACCUCAGAGGACGUUAGUGGUCGCUUUCUUUACCUACUUGAUCAAGGACAAUGUAGAGAGCAAACAGGCGGUUUUGAUCGAAAAUCUACUGGAGAUGAUUCUGGAUGUCCAGCUGGACCAGAGCUGCUUGGUGCGGAAGAUCGGCGUUCAAGGAUUGGGGUAUGCCGCGGAGAAUUUAAGUAAGGAGCUCGUGGUGCGGUACUGCAAUCAGAUACUGGGCAUUUUGAUGAACUGCUUGGAUUAUCACAAUUUGGGGAACGAAAGCGAGCUGAUCCUGGAAUCCUUGCAAUCCUUCUCGAAACUCCUGAACAGUUUGCCAGGGUACAAAUUCCAUCCCUUUCAAGUUACCGCAGCAGUGAGGAUCAAGUUGCUAUUCAGUCAAGAGGAUCCACGUCUAAGGAGAUCCUCGAUCCAGUUAUUAGGAGAUCUGGCAACGUCCCUUGGUCAGGAGACCAAUUUGGAGGCAUUCAAGGAGCAGAUCCAAGGGAACCUCAUCACUUUACUCUUGCACCUAUGCGAUCCAGACGUGUAUGUGGUCAAGGCCUGUAAAAGUACGAUCCAGAAGGUCGGCCCUUAUCUGGAUUGUCCGGAGGUGAACCGCAUGAUCCAGGAGUGUUUGGGCGAUGACACCGACUUGAUGUUCACGGAUUUUAUUAGGGAGAUAAUUAAACGCAUGGCCGAAGACAUGCAGGACCUGUUUCCAAUAUUCGUGAUGACGAGUGUGUCUUACCUGAAGAGCCAGUGGACCAGCAUAAGGGCCAAUGCCGCCCUUGUCACCGGUUUGUUCUACGCCGAACUACUACCCGAGAAUAAACCGAAAGUUUCACUGGAAACUGUCUGUGAUAAACUGAACAGACUGAUGCAAGACGAUCAGUCAGAAGAAGUUAGGAUUAAGGCUAGUCAAGCUAUAUCGUGUUUGUUUUUAUAAUUAUUGUAUUGUAAAACGGAAUGUGCUAGUGGGAUAGUAUGAUUAAGAAUAUAUAGUAUAAUUAAU